CUCUACUCUCAUCGCCUCUUUUUCUUCUAUUUUUGAUCAUCCUCCUUCCUCUUCAUCCUUCCAUUACCUCUAUUACCGCCAUCACUUCUUUAUUUGCCCAUUUAUUAUUGUUGCUAUCGCUCAUCAUUAUUAUAUGUCUGUUUGUCUGUCCUUAGAUUGUAUUCUCUUUCCUCUUUCUUUUUCAUCUCUUUCAACAAACAAGAACAGCCCCGACGAAAGCUUCUUGGCUACUGUAUCCAUAUCCUUCGUCAAUAUACCAAACUAAUAGCUUAGAAUCAUGACACUACCACUACGGCAGCACUUACAACUACGGCCACAGGCACAAUCACAACCACAACCACCAUUAUUAUCAUUACUGGCGGUUAUUCAAAUAUCUUUAUGUUUCGUCUUUGUGGUAAAUGCUGUCCCUGCACCACCCCCAAUAUCGCCUGGACCUGUUCAGCAACCUCUUUUAUUCAGUUCUGCCACAGUAUGCUCAGGCUCUAAUGAUGAAGCCUGGAUUGUAGGAGCCGACAAAGGCAAAUUGACAUUUGUUAAAAUAGUUGGAUCAGAACCUCAGCUGCCUGCGUUCAAACCAGCCGAAGCAUUUGAUAUCAACGAACAUUUUAAUGGUGGAAAAUGCAUCGUCAUCAACCCUACGACCAUCUAUUAUGUCGCUGACAGUCAUAUGGGAUAUCUCUCUAUUAAUACUAAUGGCUCUAGUACAUGGCAUGAUUGGGCAGGAGGGAAGAUAUCGCAGCUCGAUGUCGCCGAGUUUCGAUACCCCAUUUUAGCCCUUGGCUACGAUGCAACUUCCUCUAUGAUACUCGCUACUGUCAAUGGAGACAACAACGUACGAAAGUGGGACGUUAGAUCAACGAAUACGAUCGGCCUUGCUUCGUUGUCAGAGCUGGGUAUUCCAGAUUCAAAAAGGAUUAUCAGCAUGACUAUCUCUUCAGGAUCUGGAGCAUCCUUUGUUUGGUUUUACUACUCUGACAGCAAGGCACAGUCGCAGCUUCUCAAAGUAAAUCUUAACAGCAAAAUGGACCAAUCUCACUUCACUGUAUCAUCUGGGCAGGUCCUUGUGCCCCUGGCUGGCUCCAAUGGCGUGGCUCUGCUUGGACCUAUGGUUGGAUCUGGAAGCACAGACAACACGCUUGUAUCAUACUAUAUGUCUGACAGCAAGAUAUUCAACAAAUCUAUUCCAAUUGACUCCAAUACGUUACAGAACAACAUGUUUAUUGUUAAGGAAUCAGAAAUAUCGCAGCUCAGCCCAUCAGGUCCAACCAUUUCUAUCAUUGGACGACCGGCAUUACCGCCUGUUUCGGGAGCGCCUAUUCCCCCUUCACCAUCUGUAACAAUACCAUCGCAGGGAUUGGAUCCCAAUGCAGAUGAACAUAACAGCACCAAGCUACCUAUCAUUCUUGGAUCCGUUUUGGGGUUUUUAGCGCUCGUAGCUAUCAUCAUAGGCUUUCUUGUGUACCGUAACAAAAAGACUAAGUACAAGCAAAAGAACCUUUUUCCUAUCAAGACUGAUGAGACCAUGGUGCCCUUGGGAUUGUAUCACAAUGACCGUAGUCUACCGGAGGUGCCACAUCUAUUGGAGAAUGAUCUACAGCGCUUGGGGUACGGAAUACGGCCAGGCAAUCGAGAGACCCAGUCAAAAAAUACGAAUAGUAUCAUUAACGCCAAUCAACACAGUUCCAUGGCCAGCUCGCAGUCGCAUCUAGAUGAAACUAUCCCUGUUGAGGCUGCUCUUAAGCACCAUCGCUAUGAUAUGCAUACGCCUCAAGGCUUGGCCCAUUCUGUCUCUGUUAGCUCCACAACGUCCAAUUUCGCCAGAAGAAAUGGAAAAAGCGGCAAGCGUUUCGAGGAAAAGAUUCAACUACAGGUUAUUCGUUAUGAAAUCCAGGAUGCGCAUCUGAUUAGUCCACACGGGCCGACAGGGCGCUUAGUUCUUGGAACAUAUCAUGUUGUAUCACUCCCCAGAAGCGCACGGUCGAUCAAAGCCCAGGGCGGCGACUCUCAAGCACUGGCACGCUCAGGAACAGUGGUGGUACGUAGAAGCCGACUGGAAUUUGAACGCGAACGUGGACGAUCACCCUCUCCAUCCCCUUCUACGCGACCAUUAACCCCACUACGAGAGUUAGCAGAAGGUAGCUCAAUGCUCUUGACAGAUGCAGAGAAUCAACACACUUUCGAAGCCGCAACAUUAAAGUGGUACAUGACUGAGAUUCAUUGGAAGCGCGAGGCAGCUUUGUUGAAGCAUUUAAAGAGCCCGAUAUUUGUCAUGGAACUUUUGGAGUCCUAUUGUAUCCCUGCACUUCAGAACCGAGCUAAUACUUAUCCGUUUAUCAACGCAAUGGGCGGAUGCAGUAGUCUGCUCUCUGAUCUGGGCCCUGUGAAGACAGCACAGCACGCUCGUGCAAUUCUGCGAUCCAUUUCUGCUGCAGUGGAUUGGUGCCACCGCCAUGGAGUCGUACACCUAAAUAUUCAACCUGGAAGCUUCUUUAUAGAGGAUGGCAUCGAUCCAAAGGCGGAGGAUGCACCCUGGAAACUCUGGGACUUUACAUGUGCUCGUUUCAUUGGAGAGCCUAUUGGAGCGGUAGGAGGAGGAGGCAAUGAUCCUGAGUUAUUACCGAUGCCUGUCCAACCACCACCUAAUCAUCUCAAGUCUGAAGCAUACCCAUAUUUGGAACAGCAGCAGCUAGAGCAGCGCAUGGACCGUAUCGGCGGAAACCCACUUCCGGCAGCUUACACCGCGCCUGAAUUGUUGGAAGCAUGGCGUGCAGGCGAUACAACAUUUCCUGCGGAGGCAGUCAUGGAUACCUGGUCGCUAGGAUGCGUGUAUUAUGAGAUCCUCACAGGUGGCCGGCCCCUUUUCCAGACAGAAUCGGAUGCCUGGGCCUUGAUCGGUGGAUGGAAUAAUCAAAGUCCAUGGACAGCUCGCAAUUUUAGGGUACCAUAUCCUCCUGCGUCAUCAGCAUUUGUAUCGCAAGAAACUAUCAAUGUUCAGGCAGGACUAUCAUUGGAUAGUGUAUUGGAUACCAAUACACCUUAUGAGAAGAGUCAGAUAUUAGAUCCCUCUGGAUCGAUCACACGACUUUUGCACGACAUGAUGAAUGUCAAUGCAGAUGAACGCAUUUCACUCGAAUCCAUCAUGGAGCGGAUAUAUUAACAAAAC